AUGGGCGCCCCCUCGCCAAACACGUCGGCCCCUCCCCCGACGCCCAUGCUCAACGCCCAGCACGAACGCCUCAUCCUCGAGCUGCUCCCCUUCAAGGACGCCGCCAGGUUCAAGGAGUGGCUGAACAGCGACCUGGUCCAGGGCUCGUGGGCGGAAUUCUGGCGCGACUUCGUGGCCAGGGCGCGCACGCCGUACCCGGAGCCCGACAAGCACAAGACGGCCGAGGCGGCCAAGAACGCCAUCAACGGGCGGAGCGUCAAGUUCCUCGUCUACCACCCCGACAAGACCAACUGGACCGUCGACGACCACCAUGUGCGCUUUAUCGUCACGGUCAUUCAGGACAACAUGCUCAAGAGCUUGUGGUCCGACUCGGACUGGAAGAAGAGGGCCAUCGAGGUGUGCAAGGCUGUUUUCGAGGUCCUGUGCUACCUCAAGGCGAGCUGUCAUUCCAUCGAGGCCGGGGGACCCCCGAGUUAUUCGCAGUGA